AAACAGAAUGCCACUUAUCAGCAGAUCAAGCGUUGUCUGACUAAUAAAUUGCCAUAUUCUGCCGCUCAGUCGUCUGAAGACUGGCUCGGAGAUGCGAGCGAGCCUCUGACCGGCUUCUCCUGGAGGGGGGGUUCAGAGAGGGAAACCACCGGGAUCCAAAUCUGGAGCGAGGUCUUCCUGGUGGACAAACCAGACGGAAGGAAGGUCGCCGUGCUGCUGAUGGACACGCAGGGCACGUUUGACAGCCAAUCCACGCUGAGGGACUCGGCCACUGUGUUCGCCCUGAGCACCAUGAUCAGCUCCAUGCAGGUUUACAAUAUAUCACAGAAUGUACAAGAGGAUGACCUCCAGCACUUGCAGCUUUUCACCGAGUAUGGAAGACUAGCGAUGGAGGAGACCUUCCUUAAACCUUUCCAGUCCCUGAUUUUCCUGGUUCGGGACUGGAGUUUUCCAUACGAGUUUCCUUACGGACAGGAGGGGGGCAUGAAGUUCCUGGAGAAGAGACUGAAGAUCUCAGAGAACCAGCACGAGGAGCUUCAGAACGUGCGUAAACACAUCCACUCCUGCUUCACCAACAUCAACUGCUUCCUGAUGCCUCACCCCGGCCUCAAGGUGGCCACCAACCCUCACUUUGACGGAAGAAUUAAAGAGAUUGAUGGUGAGUUCAUCAACAUCCUGAAGGUCCUGGUGCCCUGGAUCCUCAGCCCCCGCAACAUCGACGUGAAGGAGAUCAACGGCAGCAAGAUCACCUGCAGAGGCCUGCUGGAGUACUUCAAGGCAUACAUUAAGAUUUACCAGGGUGAAGAGUUGCCUCAUCCAAAGUCGAUGCUGCAGGCUACAGCAGAGGCCAACAACUUAGCAGCAGUCGCAGCGGCGAAGGAUCUGUACAACAAAAAAAUGGAGGAGGUCUGUGGGGGCGACCGGCCCUUCCUGGCCCCCAGUGAGCUGCAGAACCGACACGGGGCCAUCAGGGAGGAGGCCCUGCAGCUCUUCCGCGGCGUCAAGAAGAUGGGCGGCGAGGAGUUCAGCCGCCGCUACCUGCAGCAGCUGGAGGGCGAGAUCGACGAGGUGUUCGUCCAGUACAUCAAGCACAACGACUCCAAGAACAUUUUCCACGCCGCGCGCACGCCGGCCACGCUCUUCGUGGUCAUCUUCGUCAUGUACGUGGCGGCGGGCAUCACGGGCUUUGUGGGCGUGGACAUCAUCGCCAGCCUGUGCAACAUGAUCCUGGGCCUGGCGCUGAUCACGCUCUGCACCUGGGCCUACAUCCGCUACUCCGGGGAGUACAGGGAACUGGGCGCCGUCAUCGACCAGGUGGCCGGGGCGCUGUGGGACCAGGGGAGCACGAAUGAGGUGAGUUUUUCCGAAGAGCCAGGAGAGCUAAUGCAUCUGCUUACCAAACGACAACUCGCGUUUGUGUCUGCUUUUAUUUUUCUAAAUUAGUGUAGGUAAUCAAGUCCUUUCUUGUUGCUCCAUAAACAUGUCUUGCCUUGUGCGCCCCCCCAUGCCACAGCUGAUGCUGGCUUUCACACUGUCUGCUGGUAGCGAGAGUGUGAAAGCCACAAGAUGGCAUCUCUGCUCUUCGGCUUGGUGGAUGCAGGUUUUCUCACUCCUAUGAAAGUAUGAAGAAACUGGGGAAAUAAAAAGGAAAAUCACAAGUAGUUAUCGUUAUUUUACUCAGAUGCCACUUAAUAAAAUCAAUGGGCGUAAUUUUUUCAUUCUGACAAUGAAAAGGGUGGUUGCAGCAUUAUGCUGUGGGCAUUUCCUGGAAGGAAACAUGCUAAAGGCUGCAAAAAAAAAAAUAAAAAAUGAAUCUGAGGUGGAGGUUCGUCUUCCUGCAGAUAAAUGACCGAAAACAUCCAGCCGAGGGUUAAUAUCAAAGCAUAUUCAUGUGUUAGAAUGGUCCAGUCAAAGGCCAGACCUAAAUCUAAUUGGGUAUCUAAUUGAUCUGACUGAUUUUGCAAAAAUGUCAGUUUCUUGAUGUGGUUGUGAUGACCAAUCAUGCAAAAAAUAAUAAAAAGAAAACAUAUCAGAUUGUAAAAUCAAAAUGUUAAAAGGUUAAUGGGGUGAGAAUGCUUGAAUACUCUUGAAACCUGCUAUAACUGGACAAUAAAUUAUCCCAGAAAUUAUUUCGAUAAACAUUAAUAUUAUCAUUUUGAGGCCAUCUUCAACUGGUGCAUUGAUAAAGGCAAAAUAAUAAAAGUAAACCCUAAAGAAAGCUCAAUAAAUUAUAAUUUCCAAAUAACAUUUAACACU